CGCAGGGCGACGUGGAUCAGACUCUCCAUUGUCAGCAGGACCAGAACAGCUGUUGAGGGGCAGGCGGGGGCCAGGCCGGCUCCAUGGGGUGGUGGUGAGGGGCCCAGCAGCUGCGGCCCCCCUGUGAGGGGCUGUCACCAAGAGGGCAGGAGGGAGGGAGCAUCCUCCACUGCUCUGCCUCAGGUGGGAAGGGGGGCGGCUCCUGGCCCUUGAGGAAGCCGGCUACCAUGAGCUCCCAGGAGGACCAGUUCCAGCCGGCCGCCCCAGCCCCGGCCCCAGCUGACUCCAGCAACGAUGAUGGCAUGACCUGGUGGUAUAGGUGGCUGUGCCGCAUCGCCGGGGUCGUCGGGGGCAUCUCCUGCGCGCUUGCCGGCCUCUGGAACUGCGUGACCAUCAACCCCCUGAACAUCGCCGCCGGGGUGUGGAUGAUGUUAAACGCAUUUGUCCUGUUCCUGUGUGAAGUUCCUUUCUGCUGCCAGUUUGUGGAGUUUGCAAACGCAGUGUCUGCACGGGCAGAUCGGCUGCGGCCCUGGCAGAAAGCUGCCUUCUACUGCGGGAUGGCCGUGUUCCCAGUCAUACUCAGCCUCACGCUGACCACGUUGCUGGGAAAUGCGAUUGCCUUUGCGACGGGGGUGCUGUACGGCCUGUCGGCACUCGGCAAAAAGGGAGAUGCCAUUUCCUACGCCAGAAUUCAGCAACAGCAGAAGCAGAUGGAUGAGGAGAAGCUAACAGGAACCAUAGAGCCUCAGGCACUGUGAAAUUCCCUUUUGGACGCACGGGUUUGGGUAACCUCUUAAAAAGACGUAGAAAUCUGCUGGGACGUUAAACUGACCUCUCUCCUUUCUAUUCCUCUGUGACCUUGUCAAACACUGUGGCAACUGGAGCUCUCAGGGGCCAUAGGGGCAUUCCCUCCCUUCCCAAGCAGACUUGAGAUCAUCCCAAGUAGAAGGACGCAAGGCUGUGAGUAUUGCACAUUGCAACAGGAAGAUGGUCUAUCAUGUUGUUAGCUGCUCUGCCCAGUUAGAGGUUAUACCCAGAACCAAAUAGCUCAACACCCCUUUUUGCACAGAGGGGUGACUAACUCUCAGUUCGAGUACUGCUUGAGAAGCCAAUGGUACGUAUCCUUUCUCAGCAAGGGUGCGGGGUUAGCCCUGGCUGCCGUGAUGUACCAUGGAGUGUUUGCUGGAUAGCACGUUGCAGGCCAUGAUUUUGCUUUGGGAAUUGGUUGAAGAGUGAUGGUGUCAAUUCCAGGGGCUUACUAGACCCACAUUGUGGCUGCCUUGAUUUGGAAGGUGAGUUAGAAACACUGGACAAGUACUUCGCCUCCUAAGCCAGUUGCUUUCCCCUUUCUCUGUGGGAACUAUGGUACCAGUUCCAGGUCCCACUGAAGUCAGUGGGAGGUGGGCCUCUGACCCAGACGGAGUUCUGGUCAGGUGUUUUGUGCAUUGCAGGCCUUCAGUGAUGCUCUCUGGUACAGGUGUUUAAGACUGUAAUAUAUUAAGUUAGUAUUUAAUAAUAUGAUGCUGAUGCCUGAAUGAAUUUUAAUUGAUAACACUAGUUGAUCCUUAGAGUAGGGGGUGGGUUGUGGGGUUGGGGUUAUAUUAGGGCCUGUUAGGACAGGAAUUCAUGCCGUGUAGAAAGAGACUCUUACAGCAAAUAACAAAGUAAUUUAAGGCAAUAACAGACUCUCCAUAGACUGGAUCCAGAGCCUGAAGAAGCUAAUGCAGGGGAAUGUCAUUCAUUACCAAUGGGUUUUGGAUCUGGUCCCACUCCUUGUAAAGCACAACUUCCACAUCCUUUGAAAUAUAACCACAGGUGAUGGCUACUUUUUGAAGUGGACUUGAAAUACAUCACUUGCUCAGUUUGUUUUAUAAGGGUUUUUUUUUUUUUAACUUAUUACCACUCAUCCUUCUAUGGGUGAGGGAUGUCUAGGCCCCAGCAGAGAUGGAGGGGCACACAGUCUGAGCAAAGCAGGGUUUUUCUAGCCCUGCCAGUCACAUGUGACAUACAGGAGCAGGGAGGAAGGCAGUCCCCUAGCUCAUGUGCCCUGAUUCUGACUUGGGGUCUUGCGUUUUCCUGGUGCUCUGCAUCCCCCUCCCUGCCCAUGCAGUCUGGACCUCUGAAUGUGGGGCCUGCUCUUUUCCUCUGCCUGGCACCAGCAUUAGCACUUGGGCACAGGCCAGAGAAGCAGGUCGCUGGCAUCCCUCCACGGUUAUUUUUCUCCCUUGCAAACAAGGGAUGGAUCAGGUCUGGGAAGCUUUCUAUGCUGCAUCCUUUUGGUGAGGCUUGUUUACAGUUCUGCAAGAUGAACCAGUUUGUUUUACAUGGUGGAAUUUGUCGUCUUCCUGGGACCCUCUGACACCCGUGCACACAUGCAUGCACACACUCGCACGCCCCUGUAUCCUGCCCAUCUCCGGUUUUAGAGAGAGUAGAAUGGCCAGCUGUUGCGUUCUCCCGUUCCCCUAGAGCCAGGUGCAUUACACCCAGCAGCACAGAAGCUGACAGGCCACCCCAGCUCCCGUUGUUUUCCAGAUGACUCUUUUAUAGCCCAUGCUGUGGCCCCAUUAAAGAGACUGCGAACAUGAAUGGGCCCUCCAACAGUUCCAGAUAGAUGUAGCUCUCUGCUUGCAGCUGUUGUGUCUAACAUUGUGCUCAGUGAUCUCUGGAUUCUGUUUUAAACUGUGAAAGUAAAGGGCUCUUCUUGUCUGAGAGCCACUGGAUACGAAGCAAAUCACAAGAUAACACUAGCCCUGGUGCCCACGUUUUAAUCCCUGCCACCCUAGAAUAAUCCUGAGUUUACUGAAGUUACUCUGGAGUUACAGCAAUUUAGCUGAGGGCAAAAUGAGCCCCGUCGCUCCCAGAAGGGUAAGGCACCCUCACAUCCUAGUGGGUUUUUCAACCUGCAACCCUACAGCACACUUCAGGGGUCUUGCACAGUUUACCAGUGUGGCUGAGCAAUUCAGCCACUCAGCACUUCUGUCUUAAACUGCUUUACUGAGCUGCUGUGUGCUGCUAGGACAGCUGCAACAGAUGACCCCAGAGGCAGCUGCAUUUUAGUCUGGGUAAAAAAUGCCAUUUGGUUAUUGCCCUGCGUUUUACCUACUUUCUUGGGAACACGGGCUGUGACGGCAAAACUCUUAGUGGUAGAAGGAGGGUUGAUUUGGACUUCCUGGGCUAACAAAAUCAGAGGUGUAUAGCCUAAGCUUUUGUAAGCAGCAGCUUGCUUCAUCAGAUGUAUUUAUUAACUAUUCAGUUAGUCUGUAAGGUGCAUAUCUACCCUGCCUUCUAUCUGACUUCAGACUAACACAGCCAAACUACCUCUCAAACUCUUAUUGACUUCAGGACAGAGUGAAGCAGCGUUGUCCUGGAUUUCAGGCCUGGUGCUGCUUUAUGCCAGGUUACACAAACUGUGCCCUCAGUGUUUUCAACUUUCUGAAUGAUCCAAAUUGGUCCCAAAGUCCGGCUCCCUGUCUUCUCAACACUGAUCACUGUGCUCUCCCCAUGUCCCUGGUUUCCUUAACUUCAGGUUUACUUUGGAGUUAUUUAGUCUUACACUUUGUCUGGAUUUGGAAUAAUGUAUUUUUGAAUGAAACAUUUCCAAGGGGACUCAUUCUCCCAAGACAGAGAGAAAAAUGCCUUGAACUGUGGAUAGGACUACAGUGCCAGGGGAUGGUUCAUCUCAUUUUGGGUGUCUCUGGGCCCAAUGGGAAGGUCCUCGCUACUGUAAUGAAGAAGAUUCCCUGAAAUAUUCUUUCAGUCGUUAGGUUGGGGUGCUGCAGGUCUGAGAAGGAUGAAUACACUAGUAGAGAGUUUGACACAAUCCAGACAGCGAUGUUUUUUCUCUCAAGAUGGUGUUUUAGAUGGUUACACUGCAUCCCUGGUGUGGUUGAAACCAUGUUAGCCUUGUUCAGAUGUGACGGUGGAUCCCAGUGUCAUACAAGGUGGUAACAUAAUUCCUAUCGACUUCCACGGCAGUCGGACUGGGCCCUGUGCUAGUGGUGGAAGGAUGUAGCCCUUAAGAGGAAAAGCGGAGUGCUAUUAUUGUUGUUUUCCUGGGAAGCUUCAGUGUGUGCAUUAUAGAGCAAGAGGUGACUGGGCUAAUUAUUCAGUUGGUGUAAAUGGUGUUGCUUUAUGAAAGACAGAGGAGGAGAGAUGGGUUACCCCAGCUGGGGAGCUAGUCCAUGAGACACACCACAAAUACACACACACCACACACUCCCUGCAGCUGAUCCUUUAAGUAGCUAUUCUGUUGUAAAUUCCUUUCCCCGGGGGACUGUGUACCAUGCUUACUUGAACACCCGCUUACUUGAAGCCUGGUCUAUGGACCGUCAAUCCAGAUGCAACUUGUCUUAACAAGCGGUCUGCCAGUUCUGAGCCCCUGGCUCUGUGUUGAUGCUGGUCACUUCACCCUGCAGCUCGUUGCAUGGGGUGCAUUGGCUUUUCACAGGGUUUGUGUUCAUAGGUAGCACAGCACCCUUGUCAAUGGGACUGUGCAGGGCCUUAUAAUACAAAGUCACUCCGUUUAAAGGAUACCUCAGGAUGAGACUAAUGGUGGAGUCUCUUAUGUGACAACAGCCCUCCUCUGUGAGCUGCAGUGUCCCUAUGCAUUGUAAAAAAAGCAUGUAAUGUCCCAUGGACUCAAUGGGAUGGAUGCACUCUUGAUUUCUAUGGGGUUUUGUGUCAGAAUAGUAGUGAGUAGAAAGAGAUGGGAGUAAGCGCAUAGUUGCUGGCAUGUCUUUGGUGGUGGUUGUGUAGGUCUGUGAGUAGUGUGGCGGAGUCCGAUCUACACCCACGGAAGUAACUGCAUGCAAUAUUAAGGUCCUCUCUUGCGUUGCUGCACCUAGAUUCCCGUUGGCCUCUGAGAAGGGAUGGCCCCCUUCCAAUAAUAUUGGAGCACUUCUUGGUCUUUGUGCAUUCCUACUGCAAGCAGUGUCUUGCACUGCUGUCUGAGCCUGCUUCCACGAGCAUCAAUGGCAAAGCUCCCCUUGAUGCCCACAGGGAAAAAGACUGAGCGGUCUCAACCCUCCCGGUACGUUGAGUCUCAGCCUCUGAGGUCAGGCCUCAUGUCCAUGAUGUGCUUCAGUACCUGCUAACAUCAACGGACAGCGGACUCAGAUAGGCCCAUGCUUGGCUCAGUUGGAGCUUUAACACGGCUUCUUUAAAAACAAAGUUGAAUUUUCAAGUGUGUCUAAAUGCAGGGAUUUCCUUGAGAUGGGUCUGACUGGAGAGAGCCCGGACCCUAUUUCCAGAGAAGUUGAACAUGCACGUUGGCCAUGAAGUCAAUGGAGUUUAUAUCUUGAAGGGGCACCCAAGAUCAACAGCCUCUCAGAAACGCUAAAACCUCUCCACGCUGCAGGUGAAACCGUGCUAUCUGCUACCACGUUGGUAGACUAAGAACCACAUUCACACCUGCCUCCCUUCACUGCUGAAUUAGCUGUGCAGUGUAAACAGCUUUUAAGAGCUACCCCAUCUACUGUAGCUGGAGGGAGAUAAGCCGAUCUCAGCAUGAACAAGAGAUUACUUCUGUGGGCGUAGAUGAGACCUUUAAAAUAGGAUCACUGCAGUAGUUAGUAGCGCCAUUUGCAGGGUUUAGCAAUGAUUCAUUUUGCUUGUGAGCACCAUCAGCGUGCUUGGA